CUGGUUCUUUGGCGUUAGGCCAAAAGUAUCGUUAUAUUGCUUGCAUGGCCUGGUCACACUAAACUUAUCUGCGAAUUGUUUUUCGCCCAAAUUAUCACCCGACAAAAUUCUAUAAACAAGAGGCACAAAGGCAGACAAGAGAUAAGUGCCCGCAGACAGAUCCGAAUACUCAAGACAAUGGCAACGGCAGCGCGACCCCCCUCCCUGCGACUGGGGCAGCAGGACCUGAAAUGUCGCACUGGCUGCGGAUUCUACGGAACUCCCCAGAAUGACGGGCUCUGUUCGAUGUGCUUCCGCGAGAAAUUCAAUGAUAAGCAGCGGAAGUUGAAACUGAAGGAGCGUGAAGCGGGACUUACUCCUGGAGCUUCAACUUCGGGUGUUGCAGGCGGUUCCAUAGAGCGGAGGUCGCCACAACAUGGCCAUGGACGAGUGGAGCAACCAAAAAAACAACCGGAAAGGGAUUCAGAGAACUCUGGGACGCUGCAAAAGAAAAAGUUCACAGCUGUGUUGCAAAAAACCCUCCAGGCUGGAGCUCAAAAAAUUACUCAACAGCGUGGCUAUGUCCCAGAUCCUACGGAGAAUCAGUUUUUGCUACAGUUACGGCAGUUACGUAUUCCUGACGAUGGAAAACGAAAACUCAAGCUCGAAAUCCAACGAUUGGACGGCGAUAUUCGAAAAUAUAUGAACGGACAUGGCAGCAAAAACAUUGAUGAACUUUCGGAUGCAGUGCAGAAUGCCUACACCAAGGUUUCUGAUAUUGUCCACAACGAUCCGAGCUUUGAGAUUGCCACCAACGAAGACCGCGAUAGUGCCAUAGACUUCUUUGAGAAGGUUGUUAUGACGCAGAACCAUAAAUUUCUCUUUAGUCCGUACUUCACUUCAGACGAGGACAGCGACGUUAAGGUUCAGAAGAGAAUUCGACAGCUAAGCUGGAUAACAGCCAAGCAUUUGGACUGCAGCAUCGACGAAGUAAACGCUGAGGCCAGGGAUCUAGUUUACAAUGCCAUUUCAGAACUUGUUGGCAUCGAUUCGUUUUACUCCCCUCAAGAGAAGCUCCAGUGCACAGUACGCUGUUGCAGACACAUCUUUGAGCUCCUCAAAAGAGCCACUGGUGGUCCAGCCAGUGCGGAUGACUUCCUGCCCGCCUUGAUUUUUGUGGUGCUGAAAGCCAAUCCCGUGCGGCUCCAUAGCAACAUCAAUUUUGUAACUCGCUUUACGAACGCAUCGCGGGUGAUGAGUGGCGAGGGUGGCUACUAUUUCACCAACCUUUGCUCUGCCAUUGCCUUCAUCGAAAAUUUGAACGGAGAGAGUCUGGGAAUUAGUAGCGAGGAAUUCGAUGCCCUGAUGUCAGGACAACAGUCGUAUAGCACUCCUUGGGAAAGCGCUCUUUUGGCCUGCGAAAGCUUGCAUUUGAUUUCCGAAAACAUGAAGCGCAUGGAGGAGCUGCAGAAGAAAAACACUCUGAUCAGUUCGGGAUUAACUGCUUUCGAAAAGGAGCUCAUUGAGUUCCAAAGAGAAGUGACCGAAAGAGUGGAUACGGUUAUUGCCAAGGCACCUCUCACACUGCUACCUAUCAAGACACCGGCUUAUCUCAUCGGACAGGCAAGGGCCCAGCUUCAAACUGACCCCGACUCAGGACAUUAUCUGGAGAACGUUUUCAGCGAGUGUAACCUGGCAUCCCAAUCUAUAAUUGCUGGAGGUGAUGCUUUAAAAUCCACAAUAGUUACCGAAGAGUCGGGUCUGUCGCUUAAGGACACUAGUAUUGGGUCUAUUGGUCGCUUGUCUCCCCUGCAGCAGAAUGUUCAGCCUCCGGAUCACCUAUUCGCUUCCCCCAUUUUCAAUUAUGGUGCUUUUGAUGCCGUUUCAAUGCUGGAAGAGCGUUCUUCUGAGGGAAAUACCGAUGUGGUCAUGCUUGGAGCAGACUUUGAGGGAGGACUGACCAACAUUAACUACGAUUUCGAUUUGUCAGAUCAAAGUGGCGAGAACAGCACAGCGGAUGAAUCAAAGCUGAAUCUCGACGAAUUCGAUCCUUUAGUCCAAAAAGCAAACCCCAAGAAACCACCAGCUGCUCUCCCAGAUACAAGCCUGCUGGACAACACCAUGGACAGUUUAAUAGACAGCGAGGUGCCUGGAACAUCGGUACUCCUUCCAUCGCCAUUGAAGCCCGAGGUGGCAAACUAUCGGGGCUUUUCGAAUUUUGAUAUUCCCAGCAUCUCCUGCAAUACGGGGGAUUUCAGUUCCCUGGGCCAUGAUGGCGUCGAGCCACCAAAGUAAUUGAGAUUGGAAGAGGUCCGAAACCUCCGCCUGAUGCCUCCCUGCACGUACAAGAAUGUAAAUAGCGAUAAACCAUAUAUUGUAGUUAGCCCAACGCUUUAAUCCAAUAUAUUGCACAUAUUUAUUUGUAUGAUAUUUAACUAGCUUUAAAGAAAGGACGUUUAAUAAAAGCAAAUUAAAAUCGAAA